AUGGUUGGAGGACUUGUUCCAAAACUUCAAGCUUACGUUUUAGCCCGCUUUAAUUGGCCACCAACAAUGAGAACCAUAUUACAACACCCUGCAGGACCUUUUACAAUACACUUCUGGUGUGCAUGGAUUAAAUGGGGAAUUGUAGUUGCAAACAUUGCUGACUUAAAAGUUCCAGCUGAAAAUAUUUCAGCAAAUCAACAAUUUGUAUUAAUUCUUUCUGGAGCAACAUGGACUAAAUGAUGCACCCAAGUUACCCCUUUCAACGCUAAUCUGAUGGCUUGCAACUUUUUCAUGACAUGCUCAGCAAUUUACCAGAUGUCAAGAAAACUCAGAGCUAGUUAUUCGAAGUCAAAAUAA